GCAGUGAGCAGGGCCGGCUCCCUGCGCCAGGUGGAAGCGUUCACCGUGGUCCCAGCGGCUGCGCUGGGUAUGCGGUACCGGCUGGCGUGGCUGCUGCACCCCGCUCUGUCCAGCACCUUCCGCUCGGUCUUCGGCGCCCGCCUGCCGCCUCCGGAGUGUCUCUGCGGUUUCCAAAGUAGAACUUACAGCAAAAUGAAUAACCCAGCUAUCAAGAGAAUAGGAAAUCACAUUGUCAAAUCUCCCGAAGAUAAGCGAGAGUAUCGAGGACUAGAGCUGGCCAAUGGCAUCAAAGUACUUCUCAUCAGUGAUCCUACCACGGACAAGUCAUCAGCUGCACUUGAUGUACACAUAGGUUCAUUGUCAGAUCCUUCAAAUAUUCCUGGCUUAAGUCAUUUUUGUGAGCAUAUGCUAUUUUUGGGAACAAAGAAAUAUCCUAAAGAGAACGAAUACAGCCAGUUUCUCAGUGAGCAUGCGGGAAGUUCCAAUGCCUUUACAAGUGGAGAACAUACCAACUAUUAUUUUGAUGUUUCUCAUGAACACCUAGAAGGUGCCCUAGACAGGUUUGCACAGUUUUUCCUGUGCCCCUUGUUUGAUGCGAGUUGUAAGGACAGGGAGGUGAAUGCUGUCGACUCAGAGCAUGAGAAGAAUGUGAUGAAUGAUGCCUGGAGACUCUUUCAGCUGGAAAAAGCUACAGGAAAUCCCAAACACCCCUUCAGCAAAUUUGGGACAGGUAAUAAAUACACUCUAGAGACUCGACCCAACCAAGAAGGCAUUGAUGUUAGACAAGAGCUAUUAAAAUUCCAUUCCACUUAUUAUUCAUCCAAUUUAAUGGCUAUUUGUGUCUUGGGUCGAGAAUCUUUAGAUGACUUGACUAAUCUGGUGGUUAAGUUAUUUUCUGAAGUAGAGAAUAAAAAUGUCCCAUUGCCAGAAUUUCCUGAACACCCUUUCCAAGAGGAACAUCUUAAGCAACUUUAUAAAAUAGUGCCCAUUAAGGAUAUUAGGAAUCUUUACGUGACAUUUCCCAUACCCGACCUUCAGAAAUACUACAAAUCAAACCCUGGGCAUUACCUUGGUCAUCUGAUUGGGCAUGAAGGUCCAGGAAGUCUGUUAUCAGAACUGAAAUCAAAGGGCUGGGUAAAUACCCUGGUCGGUGGACAGAAAGAAGGAGCUCGAGGUUUUAUGUUUUUUAUCAUUAAUGUGGACCUAACUGAGGAAGGAUUAUUACAUGUUGAAGAUAUAAUUUUGCACAUGUUUCAAUACAUUCAGAAGUUACGUGCAGAAGGACCUCAAGAAUGGGUUUUCCAAGAGUGCAAGGACUUGAAAGCUGUUGCUUUUAGGUUUAAAGACAAAGAGAGGCCACGGGGCUACACAUCUAAGAUUGCAGGAAUAUUGCAUUAUUACCCCUUAGAAGAAGUUCUUGUAGCUGAAUAUUUGCUGGAAGAAUUUAGACCUGACUUAAUAGAGAUGGUUCUUGAUAAACUCAGACCAGAAAACGUUCGGGUUGCAAUAGUGUCUAAAUCUUUUGAAGGAAAAACUGAUCGCACAGAAGAGUGGUAUGGAACCCAAUACAAGCAAGAAGCUAUACCUGAUGAAGUGAUCAAGAAAUGGCAGAAUGCUGACCUGAAUGGAAAAUUUAAACUCCCAACAAAGAACGAAUUUAUUCCUACGAAUUUUGAGAUCUUGUCCUUAGAAAAAGAUGCAACAUCAUACCCUGUUCUUAUUAAGGAUACAGCUAUGAGCAAACUGUGGUUCAAGCAAGAUGAUAAGUUUUUCUUGCCGAAGGCUUGCCUCAACUUUGAAUUUUUCAGCCCAUUUGCUUAUGUGGACCCCUUGCACUGUAACAUGGCCUAUUUAUACCUUGAGCUUCUCAAAGACUCACUCAACGAGUAUGCAUAUGCAGCAGAGCUAGCAGACUUGAGCUAUGACCUCCAAAAUACCAUCUAUGGGAUGUAUCUCUCCGUGAAAGGCUACAAUGACAAGCAGCCAAUUUUGCUCAAGAAGAUUACUGAAAAAAUGGCUACCUUUGAGAUUGAUAAAAAAAGAUUUGAAAUUAUUAAAGAGGCGUAUAUGCGGUCUCUUAACAAUUUCCGGGCUGAGCAGCCGCACCAGCAUGCCAUGUACUACCUCCGCCUGCUGAUGACUGAAGUGGCCUGGACUAAGGAUGAGUUAAGAGAAGCCCUAGAUGAUGUCACUCUCCCUCGCCUUAAGGCCUUCAUACCUCAGCUGUUGUCACGGCUCCACAUUGAAGCUCUUCUCCAUGGAAACAUAACAAAGCAGGCUGCAUUAGGGAUCAUGCAGAUGGUUGAAGAUACCCUUAUUGAAUAUGCCCAUACCAAGCCUCUACUUCCAAGUCAACUGGUUCGAUACAGAGAAGUUCAGCUCCCUGACAGAGGGUGGUUUGUUUACCAGAAGCGAAAUGAAGUUCACAAUAACUGUGGCAUUGAGAUUUACUAUCAAACAGACAUGCAGAGCACCUCAGAGAACAUGUUUCUGGAGCUCUUCUGUCAGAUUAUCUCUGAACCUUGCUUCAAUACCCUGCGCACCAAGGAGCAGCUAGGCUACAUUGUCUUCAGUGGGCCUCGUCGAGCCAAUGGCAUCCAGGGCCUGAGAUUCAUUAUCCAGUCGGAAAAGCCACCUCACUACCUGGAGAGCAGGGUAGAAGCUUUCCUAAUCACCAUGGAGAAAUCCAUCGAGGACAUGACAGAAGAGGCCUUCCAAAAGCACAUUCAAGCACUAGCAAUUCGUCGCCUAGACAAACCAAAGAAACUGUCUGCCGAGUGUGCUAAAUACUGGGGGGAAAUCAUCUCCCAGCAGUACAAUUUUGACAGAGAUAACAUAGAAGUUGCCUAUUUAAAGACACUUACCAAGGAAGAUAUCAUCAAAUUCUACAAGGAAAUGUUGGCAGUAGAUGCACCAAGGAGACACAAGGUAUCCGUCCAUGUUCUUGCCAGAGAAAUGGAUUCUUGUCCUGUUGUCGGAGAAUUCCCUUGUCAAAAUGAUAUAAAUCUGUCACAAGCACCAGCCUUGCCACAACCUGAAGUAGUGGAGAACAUGACGGAGUUCAAGCGUGGUUUGCCCCUGUUUCCUCUGGUGAAGCCACAUAUUAACUUCAUGGCUGCAAAACUCUGAAGAUUCCCCAUGUGUGCGGGGGGUGCAAGUGGAUGUUCUUACGUCUUCCAGGGCCCGGGAAAACAAUCUUGGCCACUUUAGUAGUUUCCGGUUCAUUAUUAGAGAGACCAACAAGAAAAACAGAAGUUCUCAAAUAUCAUUAUGUAGAAAUAUUUAAAACCCAAAGUAAUUAAAUUUCAAAAUCUUAUAGAUAUAGAAUAUUUUUAAAAAAUACAUGCCUCCUAAGUAUUUUAAAUUUUUUUCUCUUUUUCAUUCCUAAGAAAUGAUUCCCCCCUAUAUAACUGCUUUUAAAAUGAUGACCGAUACUCUGAUAGCAUUUCUCUUCCCGUUCUGUAAGGGAGUCAAGUGUCCAGAAGAAUGAAAGUGAGCUAUUCUCUAAAAUCUUCCCAGGCUGACAGAGAAGGCUUCAAAACAUUUAGCAAGGUAAUUGCCUCUGGGAAAAUCCUCCCAUUUUCCUUCUACUUGAUGGUUUUCAUGUCAAUCAGUGGAGAAUGUUACAUUUGGCAGAUGACAUACAGAGCAAUGUCAUUUUCUUUUAUUAGUGAAAUUGCUGAUUCUGUAAGGCAUGGUUUUAACCUUUUUAUAAAAAAAGAAUUUGAACAUGUUUUUUUAUUCCAACUAGUUAAAUGCUGGAAAUCCUAGAAUGCCCUUAUUUAUAGUGCUAUAAAAACAGAUUUACCUUUCAUCAACUUUGUCCCAAAUUGACUUUCUCAGGAUGACUGUGGGGUUUUUUUUCUGAUUGACAUUCUUUAUUGGUCACAGCUGGUUUGCGGUGUUCCCUCAGUUUUACUUUUUCUCAUCAACACAUUGCUGUAUUUACUUUAAAGGUAUAAGUGCUGUCUGCUUCUGAUCCUACUGAGUGUGUGACAUGCUUUUCCCACAUCAGCCAUUGUUAACGCCACACAAUUUUUUACUCAGAUGAAAUUACAGUCCGUGUGUGAACCGAAAGGUUUUGCUCCCUUUAGGAAUUUUAAAAAGAGGCAAAAUCAAAGCCACCUGGAGAUACAAAAAAAAAGUUGUUUUUUUUUUUUAAUAGCAAGUCUCCACAAGACUCUAAAAUCCCCUUUGCUGCCUGCCUUAAGUAUUCAUUUUUUUUGAAAAUAUAAGUAGAUAACACAAAUAUGACUAGAGUGGACUUUAAAAAUAUUUUUUUCAUGGAAUACUAUUUUAGAUGAAAUUGUUACUGGAACUUUCACAGCUGUUUUUAAAAUAGUUACUGUUAUUCAAACUUGCUUCAAGAGAAAUUGCGGCUAUAUUUCCAUAUACAGGCACUGGUAACCAGAAGUAGUCCUUUUAUCCCCAGACUCAGACCAAGUAAAGAAUGGCCUUCCAGAUGACAUUUUACCUCCCGAUGUGAUCUGAUUUUCCAGGACUUCUUUCUAUUCAGUCAUGUCUGUCCUUAUCUUCAGUUUAGUCUCAAUUUGAGGCAAGAAUGAUAGUCAAAGAUGGAUGCUGCUUGCAACAGGGUGCUCUGUCUCCACUGUCAGGCCAACGUGGUGCUGUUACUGUCUUUUUAUCCACACCUUCAAGUACGGUACGAAGCCUGUCUCUUCCAUCAGAAGGCUUGUGAGCUCAUCACUCCCUUCUGCUUUUAUGCAUUUGUAGACUAUGCAGCUUUUCUUCGGAUUGCAGAUAUCUAUACAAGGUGAAUCUAAAACUAAUCUUGAGUGUUUAAACCCCUUACUAAAAGAAAAAUCCACCAACCUUUUCUGUGGAGAAGUGCAUGAUGUAGAUCUUUUUUUUAAAAAAAAAACCAAAAUGGUGGAAUUCAAGUGUCGAUUUUAGGAGGAAAAGUACCUGAGGACAUCUGAAGGCAAUCACACCGAGUCUUCCAUGAACUUGAACUUGUAAUUCAGUGUGCUCUCAGCAUUUGCUGGCUUCCAAAUUGAAUGUGAGCAGCUGUCGGGUCUCUUGGGCAUACUAAUAGAGGCAUUUCAAUGGGUCCCAGCUGCAGUCCAUGAGCAAUAACAGACUACCCCAGAUACUGCUGUUUACUCAGUGCUUAGUAAAUGAGACUUGGAAAAUUCACACACUAAGUUAUUAGUUACUGAGGACUUUUUUUUAAGAAGUCUUCUUUUUGACUAGUUGAUGUGAAGGAGAGAGCAUGUGACACAGCCAGUAUGGUGGAGCCCUAGGAAUAUCCUGUUUACAAAUAAAUCACUUGAAUUUAAA